AUUUUAAAAAAUUACAAUUCAAACACGACCUACCUUCUUUCCUCUGCAGUCUGCACAUCCAAAGAUAGGUUGAGGUGAGGUGAGAACUGUGCCAGCCAAAAAGAAAGCGAAUCCCAAACACCACAGCAUCAAAACCUACACCCUUUUUUGGUAGAAGAAAAAAAAAAUCAUUUUUGGGGUAGUUGAAUUGAAUCCCAUUAUUCAAUACUGGUACCAAGUUUCAAUCUUUCCUCACUUUUUAACCAAAACCCAUCUCUCAAAACCCUGAAAACUUUCCUCCCAGACACAGUAAAACCAUGAUUUGAUUCAUCAAGAAGCUACCCGGAAAUGGGGUUGCCCAUUAGACCCUUAUGCUUGUUCUCCCUUUCUCUGUCUUUUUUACCAUUUCUUCAGCUUAUCCCAUUAGCUAAAUCUGCAUCUGACUACACCAACUUGGUAUAUAAGGGCUGUGCUCAGCAGGCUUUAUCAGAUCCAACGGGGGUUUAUUCACAAGCUAUUUCGGCUCUUUUUGGAAGUCUUAUUGCACAAUCCUCAAAGAACAAGUUUUUCAAGGCUAACACUGGUAGUGGCCAAACCAACAUAAGUGGUCUUUUUCAAUGCAGGGGUGACCUUUCCAAUGUUGACUGUUAUAACUGUGUUAGCCAGCUCCCUAUCCUUAUAGACAAGCUCUGCGGUAAGCCUACUGCUGCAAGAAUUCAGCUUCAAGGAUGCUACAUGCUGUAUGAGGUUGCAGGGUUCCCUCAAGUCUCAGGAAUGGAAAUGUUGUUCAAAACUUGUAGUGGAAAAAAUAUUGGUGGAGCUGGUUUUGAGGAAAGAAGAGAUACCGCCUUGAGUUCGUUGGAAAAUGGGAUAGGAAGCGGAAAUGGUUUCUAUACCACUAGCUAUCAGUCUGUUUAUGUGUUGGGGCAGUGUGAGGGCGAUUUGAGCGCUUCUGAUUGCGGUCAGUGUGUGCAAACUGCUGUUCAAAGAGCUCAGUCUGAAUGUGGAAGCUCUAUUUCCGGCCAAAUCUAUCUUGACAAAUGCUUUGUUAGCUAUAGUUAUUAUCCCAAUGGGGCUCCUAAAAGAUCAUCAUCUUCUUCUUCAUUCUCAUCUCCUGAAACUGCUUCAACAGGGUCAGGGCAAAGUACAGGGAAGACAGUGGCUAUAAUAUUAGGAGGGGCAGCAGGAGUGGGGUUUCUGGUUAUUUGCCUGCUGUUUACUAAAAACUUAAUGAAGAAACAUGAUGAUUCUUGAAGGAGCCCUUGUUUUUGUAAACUAAAGUUUUUUGAGGUGAAUGGUUCCUCUGAGUUUGUUAUUUUUCUAGAGAUUGUGGAAGGGAGGAGAGGGGAAAGAAGUUAGUUGCGGGAAAACUUCUCACUGUUAGGCAGAAACAAAUUUUGGGGCAUGAAACUGAGGACGGGAUGCUUGCAUCUAAAAGGAGGAUGUAAGAUGUAUGCUUGUCGAGUCUGAAAAAGAUGAGGAAGAGUACUAAUGGAUCUUGGCCUUUUUCUCAUACUGCCAUGUGCAUAUUUUCUCUUUUCUUCCUUGUCUUGAAUAAUGCUCCUCCAUUUUCCUCGAAACUUUUUUGCUUUUUAUAAAGCUCCCUCCCUCUCUCUCUCUCUCUCUCUCUCUUUCUCCCCCUGUCUGUGUGUGUGUGGUGGUGUCUGGAAGUGUAACAUACUUAGGUUAUCAUUUAACACCUUGUCAAAGGGUGUUUGUUCAGUACUCCUAUGUAUAUAUGUCUGCUUCCUCAUUUGAUUCCGCUGAAAAAGGGAAAAGGAGGAAAAAAGGAAACAGGGUAGUUUAAGUAUUGCAAGUCAAAGAAAGAAAACUACAAUGAUGGAAUGUAUCCUCACAUUUUAAUCCUGUAUGAGCUGAGAUGGGAGUCUUCUAAAUGGUAAAGUGUUGUCUCUAGU